UUCCCAAGUAGUUGCAACAUCGUACCAAAAGCCUGUGUCGCUACUGCAGUGCUGUUCGAGUCGAUUGUGACCAAGGAUUUUCUUUGGGUGGCUUUUUACCUGGAACGCGUAUUUUGGAAUAUACAUGCAACCACGCACAGCAAUUAAGGAAAUGCGUUGUUUUUCGGAACACGAUUGUUAGACGCCGGGCUCUCUGUGUGGUAUAUGAAGGACGCGGACAUACAGAUGGAGUCGAGGGUUCCCCACCACAUCCCCGGAGUCUCGUCCUCUGUCAUGGUACAGCCACUGCUGGACAGCCGCGUCCCUUAUGGGAGGUUGCAGCACCCGCUCACCAUCUUCCCCAUCGACCAAAUGAAAUCGUCCCACGUGGAGAACGACUACAUCGACAGCCCGGCCGUGGUGUCCCAGCAGCCGGCCAGCCAGAAGGCCGCCAGGGGGCCCCACGAGGGCCUGCUAGGGGGCUCCCCGCACCCCCACUCCCACCCCCACCUGCCGCGGUGCGACCCGCAUGACGUCACGCACCCCUGGAUCUCCUUCAGCGGGCGGCCCAGCUCCAUCAGCAGCAGCAGCAGCACCUCCUCGGACCAGCGGCUGCUGGACCACGCCGCCCCGACCCCCGUGGCCGACCAGGUCUCCGGCGGCGGCGUCAGUGCCGCCGCCCGCACCCCGGGCCUCCUCCAGCCCAAGCUGCUGGGCUCCAAGCCCCUGGACCUGAAGGCCCCCAUCCCCGCCGCCGCCGCUGGCGUCCCCAGGGCAGAGAAGACGCACACACUGCUGUGUGAGGACUGCGGCAAAUGCAAGUGUACCGAGUGCACGCUGCCCCGGACCCUGCCCUCCUGCUGGGUGUGCAACCAGGAGUACCUGUGCUCGGCGCAGAGCUUGGUGGACUCGGCCACCUGCAUGUGCCUGGUCAGGGGCAUCUUCUACCACUGCACCAACGACGAGGAUGAGGAGGGCUCCUGCGCCGACCGGCCCUGCUCCUGCUCCCACUCGAACUGCUGCGCCCGCUGGUCCUUCAUGGCCGCCCUCUCGCUGGUGCUGCCCUGCCUGGUGUGCUACCUGCCGGCCACCGGCUGUGCCAAACUCUCCCAGAAGUGCUACGACAGCGCCAGCCGGCCCGGGUGCCGCUGCAAAAACUCCCAGGCCUGCAAGGCCCUGGAGGGGAAGGUGGCGGGGCUGGAGAAGCAGUCGUCCUGAUUGGCACCACACCCCCCUCCCCUCCCCUCCCCCCCCUCC